AUGUUGGCCUGCGAGCUACCGCUUCCGAUCGGCUUGAAUGUUCCCCUGACGGUUCUGAGUGCGGGCCUGGCGGUCAUAUUCACUUUCCUGGCCCUGGCUUCAGACCUGAUGCGUGAUCGCUAUCUGCGCCUUGUCAAAAAGAGGAAGAUGAGGGCUCUCAGACGAGAAAGAAAAAAGGAGGCAGCAAGACAGGGUGCCAAUGAAAGUUCAGAAGCUCUCCUAGGAACACGGAUCUCUGGCGAAGGAGAAGACGCGCGGGCUGUUGUGUCAGAGCAUGCUAAUGGGCCAGCUGACCGCAUUCCCCCCAGUCAUGACAGCAGUGCCAGUAUGACCCUGGGGCUCUUGGAAGAUCAUUUCACUGGCGGCCCGCCUGCCACCAACGACACCAUCGAAUCCUCUCCCUCUCCUCACCCUCUGCAACAGUCGAUCGGAGUUGACCCACAAGCCUUUGCCGCCCAAAAUGAGUCCCCUUUGGAGGACGAUUCUACUACUCGCGACACUGAAAGUUACCAGAGGAGCUCGGAAGAAGGGGAGCGUUCUCGGCGGUCCUCUACGACAAAUCAUUCAGACGGUAGCAGCCUCGGUCUUCCUGGCUUCAUGAGCUUCAAAUUCACCAAGAGUACCACCACCACCACUACUAAUGUCCUCCUCGGGAUCGGUGAACUGCUGUACCAUGGAGCGACUAUGAGGAACUUUUGCAAGGGCUUUAUAUGGAGCUUGGCCAUUACGAGCAUGCAUUACGUCGGUAUAUUUGCCUUGGAGGUUCCACAAGGGCACGUUACGCUACACCCACUUAUCGUCCUCGUCUCAGGGUCGAGCAGUUGGCUAGUCUGCACCUUGGGAUGUAUCCUGAUGCCCCAAAUUGAGGUCAAUCUAUUGCAGCAGCUCAUUUUCUCGAUGGUGGCGGCAGCAGGAGUUGCCGCCAUGCAUUUUACGGGAAUGUGGGCAACUACCUUCUGGACAUACGCCACUCCGACUGCAGAACGUGGAUACCCUCCAGACCUAGCCGUCGCCGUUACCAGUAUUGCCAUUCUCACGUGCUUGCUCGCAAACGGACUGCUCGCGCACUCGGCAACGGUGGCUCGGAAUAAACUGGCUGAAAUCGUGCACACUCGAAGAAAGCUCUGGGCUGCUAUAGCUCAAAAGGAAAAUGCGGAAGCAGCUGCGGCCGUGCGGAGCGAGUUUAUAGCCAGCGCCAGUCAUGAAAUUCGGACGCCCUUGCAUCAGCUACAAGGUUACAGUGACUUGCUAUCGCGCACAGAAUUGAGCGAAGAUGCUCGUCUCCUCCUGCUCGCCAUACAGCAGGCGACAAGAUCGCUCUCGAUGAUCACGGCUAACGUUCUUGACUGGUCUCGAUUGGAGAAAGGAGAAGCUGUCUGCCGGCCAACGAGCCUCGACCUCCGGAAAGUGUGUGAGUCCAUUCUAGCAAUCUUGCCCAACAAGGAUGAGGAGUUCGGCACUGAAUUGAUGAUUGUCGUGGCCCCCCAAGUACCCUCUUCACUUUUCCUGGACGAGACUUAUCUACAAAGGAUUCUGAUGAACUUGCUUACGAACGCUCUAAAGUUUACGCAAUCUGGAUACGUACUUCUACUGGUGGAAAUGAAGGACAUGGACUUGGCUAUCACUGUUAGAGAUUCCGGAUUCGGCAUUCCGGAGCCCUUUCUGCCACAUCUUUUUGAACCAUUUAAGCAGGCCCAAACUCGAGGCGCUGAGCGAGGGACUGGUCUCGGUUUAGCCAUUAUCAGGCAGCUACUCCAGAAAAUGGAGGGAACAAUCGCUGUGGAGAGCAAAUCCCACCUGGCUGAUCAUGUGGGAGCCGAGAAAUGCGGCAGUACCUUCACCGUCACCAUUCCAACCCAUCCCUCAGCUGAUACACCGGACGCUUUGAACUCUCUAGGAUCCAAUCGGCGGAUCGCAUUGCUACAAGACUGCAAUCCACGAUUUGCGGAGGGCUUAGAACUCGCUUGGAGAGCUUUUGACUUUGAGCUCAUCCGAGCAGAACCAGAUGAUGAGAUAUCAGACUCUUUCGGGUACAUCUGGACAGACCUGACGUUUCUCAUCAGCCACCCGAAACUGCUAGGACGAAUACUUGACCUUCGACACCAACUAGUCAUCUUGUCAUAUGACUCGCAAACGCUGCUUGACGAAUCGUUAGGCUCUGUCCCUCCGCCGCACGUCAUACCGGUGAGGAGACCGUUUGUCUGGCAUCGCAUGGUCGAGAGUAUAGCUUCGGCCGCCCGAACCGGUAGAUCGUCCGUUGAUCGCUCAGUUAGAUUUGCCCCAGUAGUCGACGUGGUAGACGACAACAAAGACUCGCGGCAGACGCACGAGACCAAGACGCUGAGUGGCGCGACAGUGCUGUUGGUGGAAGACAACAAAAUCAACCAGAGGCUGGGAGUGAAGAUGUUGAACACGCUCGGCUACAAUGUCAUCGUAGCAGACGAUGGACAAGAAGCCAUCGAUAAGCUUGUCGAGCACGACCACGACAUUGACAUUGUUUUGAUGGACCAAUCGAUGCCGCGUAUGGAUGGCAUAACGGCAACGAAAAAGAUUCGAGAAAUGGAAAGCCAGGAACUACUGGGCCCCCUUUCUCGCACCCGACGGCCCAUCAUUAUGGUCACAGCUGUCGUCGGACCAGAUGCCCAAGCGCUUUGCAUGUCGGCAGGUACAGACGCAUUUCUUCCGAAGCCCCUGGCAAUGUCCAAGCUUGAGCACACAUUAAAGAUGUUCCUCGGCUAA